GGUUAUCUUGCUACAAACGUACAGGGCAUUGGUAAGACCACACCUGAGUAUCGCAUGUAAUUUUAGUCUCCUUAUCUGAGAAAGGAUGUUCUCUCGAUGGUGGGAGUGCAACAAAUGUUUACCAGACUGGGAUGGCAGAACAAGAGGCUUUAACAACACCAAAGUACAGCGCUGCAGUAAUUCAUGCAUGAGGGAACUGAGUGCCUGUAAUCAGGAGAAGACAGACACAAGAUGGAUAAUGCAAUGAAAUUUCUGCAAGAUACAAUUUGUUCAUUGCUACCUGACAAAAAUCCAGCAUUUAUCUUUAAAGACUUAAAUGUGGUAGAAACAUUGCAGGAAUUUUGGGAGACAAAGAGCAAGCAAGGAGCUGUCUUUAAGAAUGGAAGCCUUGUGGUUUAUGAGUCAGGGCCAUCUCCUUUUGCUCCAUAUGUAUGUUAUGUGACUCUGCCAGGAGGCAGUUGCUUUGGCAACUUUCAGUGCAAGGUUCUUUACAUUUCUUUGAACUGGAGAUCAACAGUAGCAGUCACGAUGCUAAGUGCAAGUAAAUAGAAACAGUAAGAAACUGGAGGAUGAAAUAACAGGGGUCUGUUUCUCUCAGUCACAGUAAGUCCUGUGACUCCAAAACAACCAGUUUGUGAUGGGUGAAGUGUUUACAGAGUAUGCAAAUAUUCAAUCACCAAUCAAGAGUCUGGGUACUUCUCCUCUGAGGCUGCCCAGGUAGAUCGUUCAGGGGUGGGCCACAGUCUGUUGGUCCUAUCAACAAAAACUGUGGGAGAGCAGUGGGUGAUGGGUGGUAUGUCGCU